GGGUGGAAGGUGGCAGUGUGGCGGUGGAGCAGUUGGACGCGCAGACGAGGCUCUGGCGCCGCAGACGAGGCUUAGGCGCCGCAGACGAAGCUCAGGCGCCGCAGACGAGGCUCUGGCGCCGCAGACGAGGCUCUGACGCCGCAGACGAGGCUCCGGCACCGCAGACGAGGCUCUGACGCCGCAGACGAGGCUCAGGCGCCGCAGACGAGGCUUAGGCACUGCAGACGAGGCUCAGGCAUCACAGACGAGGCUCAGGCACCGCAGACGAGGCUCUGACGCCGCAGACGAGGCUCAGGCGCCGCAGACGAGGCUCAGGCGCCGCAGACGAGGCUCAGGCGCCGCAGACGAGGCUCUGGAGCCGUAGACUAGGCUACGAUCUCCAGCUGGGCGGGAGGUGCCUAACUGCGUCAUCUACUCUGGUCAGCUGACUCGUUUCCACUCGCACAAGUUAGCGAUAUACACGUGUACACAGAAAGCAUUGUGGGGUUAAACUAGAUCCGACAAGUCGUGGCUGCUACACAAACACAGCUAAGCCAGCAGUCGGCAAGUAAUAUUUACUUGUAAUAAAGCCCACCGACUGGUGGGGAAAGUGGCGCAUGGUUGCAGGGAGGAAGUGUCAGGUGUGUGUGUUCCAACACUUGAUUUUGUACAUUUAUUAUGCAGCCCGCACCCGUCCCGUGAGCGGGUGUUGGAACACUGUUGAGGUAUGAUUGUGUGUGCUGCACAAGCCGCCAAUACUACAUGUUCAUGUGUGACAAUAACCAGUGACGGUAUGGAAUACGGGAAUCUAGUGAUCCUCGCUUGUACAGACAGUGACUGGUACACUUUUUCAUAACAGAAAAACUGUGUGGUGGUUGUACAAGAGCUUGGCAUCUGUUGCUGUUGUUAUAGAUUCAGCUACUCGGAACAAGUUGCAAGUAGCACGGGCUAUGGUGAGCCCGUGACUUACCUGGCACAGGAGCGGCGCAAGUAGUACGGGCUAUGGUGAGCCCGUAGUGGACUUACCUUGGCGUCUCAGUCCUGGAUCCUAAUUAGAAGCAACGAAGCACCAUACCCUCUACGCCUCUGGGAUCGUUGUCAACAAGAGAACUCCCUAAACCAAUAUCGAGUUCGAUUUUAAUCAACUUGAAGAGUCAGUCUUGAGGUGGUGAGGACCCCGCAGGUGGUGAGGACCCCGCAGGUGGUGAGGACCCCGCAGGUGGUGAGGUGGCGAUAACCCCACAGGUGGUGAGGUGGGGUGACCCCCCACCCGCUGACCCUGUUAGUGAAGAUGAAGCCAGUUUAUGUGCGGCCAGAAGGCGACAACGUCAAGCGGGCUACGUGCUAUGUGUGCGGGUACCCGCGGUGUGCAGAGUACCCUCUGGCGGUCAGGCAGCAGGCCACCGGACCAUACUUUCCCUUCUUGGAAACUCAUGAGCCCCCCGACGGCUCAGAGCCUCCCUCGGUCGACGGCCACAUCCUCUCGUGCUUCCUCUGCUAUUCUUACCUGACACAGCAGUGGCAGCUGUACGAGCGGAAUAAGGUGCCGCCCGUCAAGCGCAUCUAUUGGCUCAAGCGGGUGGACAAUGGGCCUUACACAGGUGUGGAAGGAGGCAUGCAGAGUGAGUAUGCCUCCCAGCUCCUGGGGCUGACACCGGACCCGCCCCCGCCCCCUCCCUCCGACCUUAAAAGGCCAGGGCCUAGUGGAGCUCGAUCUCAGCCGCCCACACCCGCGCCUUUGGCCUCUGUUGAGGUCAAGAGAACGAGGAUAAUCCCUCCUCAGCCUCAACCCCCAAGUUUACCCCUUCCACCUCCCGGAGUGCCGCCUCUGCCCUUGGGUCUCGCAGUAGCUCAGGUGGGCCUUCAACAGGAGGCUCUAGACUUGUCAUUGGAUGGCCGGCGAGGCACCAAGCGUGAGAGGGAAGAAGAUGUGGGGUACCGAGACCCGCGGCCUCCCUUGGCAGCUCCCCCGAGGACGGAGGUACUGGACCUGCGGAUGCCUGACAAGAACGCCACCACCGAGGUCUGCUACGUCUGUGGCGACCACCAUAAGAAGGGAACCUUAGUCGAUAUAUAUGCCAAACAACAAAGUGGAAGUUGCCCUUUUUUUCCGAGCCUGAUGCUGCACCCUCGUCCCAGUAAGUCGCAUCCUAUGGAGGUCUCGGGGAGGGUGCAGGGCUGCCGGGACUGCUACAGUCACCUGCAGCUGCAAUGGGACGCCUACGAGGCCCACAACAUCCCGCACGGAGAAAGAAAUUAUUCUCUUCGUAAGAGAUCAUCUCUGAUGCAGGAUUGCACCGCUUUCGUGUGCUAUAAGUGCGGCAAUGAGUGUCCCUCCAGUUCCUUAUGCUUAAUAUACUGCAAACCGAACUCGGAAAAUGAGCCAUAUUACCCAUUCAUUCAAAGAUUAGACCCUCCGGAAGGUGCGUCGCCAAUCUCGCCACAGGGAAUGGUCCAGGUGUGCUGCGUAUGUUACAAGACCAUCCCGCAGCAGCAGAAGGACUUUCAGAACAGAAAAGAUAGCAGCAGCAGCAGCAGCAACAACAGGUCACCGGAGCUGAAAGGGAAUGCAGGCGAGGGAGUUAAUACCGGGGAUGAUCAACGUGGUGGUGGUGGUAGUACCUCCAUGACCACACCAGUACCACAUACCCCGCAUCCCUUGCUCUCCCGGCCUCCCUCAGCCUCGGCUGUAGAUGCAGACUCCCAUUUGGAAGAGGCCACCUGCUACCUUUGUCACCAGAACCAUACACGUCAGGCCAUGCACUGGCUAGCUAUGGUGGUUGAAAGCAUCACUCAGGACGGCAUGUACUUCUCUUUCUUAAAAUACUUGCCAAGGAUCGGUCAGAACAGCGUAGUUGAAAAUGGGCGGGUGUUGGCCUGCUCUCCUUGUUAUCAGCACCUCAGCAAUCAGUGGGCCGAGUAUGAGAAAGAUAAAGUACCGACGGAGCACCGACAGUUCUCCCUGAGAGCUAUGCCCUCGAAUUCUCAAUCCCCACGUCUCACCCCGGGCCCCAACCUCUCCUCGCCCGGCAUGUCUCCACUCUCAGACAGCUCCCCACCACAUGGCUUCUCGGCGGCGGCAGAGGCGCAUCUCAAGUCCACGGAGAAUGUGAAGAAGGCUCCACCAGGGUAUGUGGGUCAGCCUCUCCACACACUGGAGGUGGUGCCUGCAGAGCAGGACCCGAAGGCGCCUACGCUGCCUGUCAUCACAACCCAGAACGCCCUAAGCAUCGCCAUCAAUUGCUUCGUCUGCAGCUUCCACUCUAAGCCCGGACAGACGUACGCCCUGUGGAGCAAACCCCACGGUACGGAUCCCUUCUUCCCAUUCUUGGAGAAGCACCAGUCAGCCCACCCGGAGGCUCGUGUUGAUGAUUCCCGCGUCCUGUCUUGUCUCUGUUGCUUCCACUCGCUAAAUCUUCAGUGGCAGCGCUACGAGAAGGAGCAGGUGGCCCACUAUGCCCGGCUCUACGACACCUACAACUACUCCUGCUUCAUAUGUAGUCUCAAGACCUAUCGCAAAAGACUCUACCUCCUCCCCGUCAAGGAUUAUCCAUUCCUGAAGGAACACAAUAGGCCAACAGGUGGCAUGGUGGUUGAUAAUGGCCACUCCGUGGUGGUUUGUAAGGACUGCUACUCUUCGCUCAAGAACCAGUACAUAGAGUUGGAGAGAUGGGGAGUUCCAGUGGAGAAGAGGCAGUACAACUGGAUUCAACGCCCUCCGCCGCCAGAAUUCCAACAGGGCACCACAACCAAGCCCAGCCAGGUGCUCACCUUGGGCAUUCAGUCCACGUUGGUGGAGCCUGGCUCAUCUAGCCCAGGCUCUCAUCCAGGGACUCCCCCUGGGGUGUUGUCCCAGCCAGGAGGUGGGGGCAGCCCCAGGGGAUCUCAUGGCCCAGUAUCGGGCUCUCCUAGUGCGAUAGGUGAUGGCUCUGGGUCACGAUCGGAUGUAGCCAAGUUAUGUGAAAAUCCUCCGUCACCAGUUACCAGUGCUAUUCCCAAGCUAAUUGGAGCAGCCAGUGUCCCUGCAGACUCGACUGAAACAUCUUGUGUGGGAACUAUCCCCUCCUGUUAUGCCCCCCUUCAGCUCAAAAUUGGUGUCGCCAGGCAGGGGGGCAGCACCCUCACCAAGCAGCAUACAGUGGCGCCCAGUGAAGGUUUCAACUCUGGCGAUACCAAACCAGGACCCCCAAGGAAAAAAUUCACUUCAGUGGACCAGUCCUCCAAGAGCCGUAGUACCGAAAACCUUCAUUCAGGCAACCUCUCCCACGACCAUGUCUCCUCCAGCAAAGUCACAAUCUCAGACCAAUUAGAUGAUGAUAAAAUCGCUCACAAGAAGAGAAAGUCUGUAAUUAGAGGGAUGAGUAGCAAGGCAGUCCCUACAAGUGGCACCAAUACCAAGCCCCGACUUUCAUCAUGCAGUCAGCAGCUGUUGACGUCCUCUCACGAGCUUCAGGCCAAGUGCUCGUGAACCCUGGAAGUAAUGGCCAGUCUUCCCUGAAUGAACUGCCGAGUGAAUUCUCACUAUGCAACAACAGAACAGCAGCCUAUAAUUGUCACUGUGGCUAUAUUUAUCUAUUUUAUCCAGGACUAUAUAAAGAUGCCAAACAAAACAAAUAGAUAAUAUAAAUUUGGCUUCUACCUUGCAUAUAUAGUGAUGACUGCUUGUAAGUGUUUGUAUGUCCCUGGCCAGAACAUACUGGUAUAUCUAAAACAUAAGUGUUUGCAGCAGGUUCAUCCAUUGAAGAAACUGAAGUGAACUCAUUUAAGAAUUUACCAUGUAAAAUUUACACUGUAUCGAGUCCAGUUUGUGCUUCAAGCUUUACUUGUAUACCUAAAUCUAUAACCAAAAGCUUAUCAGAAUUCUCAUAACCAAAUUUAAGACUUUUAUAUUGGUAUGAAAAUGUGCUUGGAUUUCAUACUAAGUAUAAGCAAUUACACUUAAAUACAUUAUCAUCUAACCAUUAUAUUGGACAAUGAGACACACCAUCUAAUUUAAUACAAGUUUUUAUGGUUCAAAUGAAACAAACUGAACACAUAAAUUGUAUUAGCAAAGAUUAUUAUGUUCAUAAUUUAAACUUGUUACUGUAAUAUUAGCGAGUGUCUGAAACAUUAUUUGAGGCACAAUUUAGAUAAUUUAUAAUAUAGAUGACAUUAAUAAGACAAUAGAGUACAGUAUAUCUACAGUUGAUGGAAAUUACAUGACUGUUUGACAUAAUACCUGUCAAAUGUCAGCAUAUUGAAAUGUCUAAACCUUAAGUGAAACAAAUAAAUGAAUAAAUUUUUGAACCAUUUUAUUAAGGGGCAUACAGAAUACUUAAUUCAUUGACAUUUAUCCAGUUUGUUUAUGUAAUAAGCAUAUUACAAAUGUAUAGUGCUAUACAACAGCUAAAUAAUGAUAUGAAAGCCUCACACUUGGUAUAAGCUACUAGUAUUAUAUAUGGUAAUGUCACCCUCUAAAGACUUCUUCCUAUAGUGUUAACAAAAUAUUUAUUAAAAUUUUUAAUUUGAAUAUUAAGUAGGACUCUUGGACUACAGCUUAUAGACUGUACAAGCAUAUUCUAAUAUUCUAAAGUAUAUUACAGUAUUACAGUACAGUAUUUAAAUUCUCUUUUUGAAAGAUUUAAGUACAAUACUUGGAUCAAACAUGUCUUGUAUUAAAAUGUAAAUGCACCUGGUUUGGUUGAUGUCCACAUGGUGAAUAACUUAGGAGUGACUACGCCUGAAGACUUUUAAUCCAGCAGAAAUGCAUUUCCAGGGGUCCAAUUGCUUACCCUUGAUGGUAAGCACCAACACCUGCCAAGUUUCACAGUCAGUAGUUGUUUUUGUACACAUUUAAGGUUUUAGAUAUAUUGAUGGCCGAUUAACAGGCAAUAUGCAAAUUUCAAUCCUGUUAUUGUUACAUAUGAAAGAAAACUGUCAUGAAAAUGUAUCUACAUAAGACACAUACGCUUAUUUAGUCUUAUAAUUAUUAAAGCAAAUAUAGUCCAACUUCAAUAAAAAUGCACUUUUUAAUCACUAGAAUUUGGUGCAAUUUAACAAGGUGCACUGUUAAAAUAUUUAGGAAGAUGCACAAAAUUUCAGUAUUAAAUAAGCAUCAUUGAGCUAAAUAUUACUGUAACCCCCUUAUCCUUACCAUGAAAAAUUUAUUUGGUCAUUCAGGUACUUGAUGCCCUCCAUGUCCCCAUCUAGGAUGAAAUGCCUCAUUUUCUUCCAUGCCAGAAAAUAUCUACUGUGUAGAUUAACAGCUGUUGCAAUGGAUGCUCCCUCUCCUCAAUAUCCUCAGAGCUGCAGCUAUCCUGGAUAAAUCCUGUAAUCAUUUUAAACAGGACAGGAAGAAACUCUUAGGACCUGGAGAUUAGUUUGUAGGAAUUAAAUAGCAUUCCAGAUGGAGACCUGAAGGUACAGGCAUCAAUAAUUACAGUAAUUUUAAAGACCGCCAUUAUUAUCAUAACAGCAGUCUCUUGCUGAUAAUCAAGAAUUUUAAGAUUAUGAAGCUUGUUACAUAUUGCUCUGGAAGGAAAUAAAAAAGCAUAAACCAAUCAAAUGCAGGUCAAACCUUUGUCAUUUUGUGUGUAUCAUUUAGAACACUAAAAAACCUUGCAUAAUACAAAAAAAAUACUACUAAUAUAUCACAAGCAUGCAUUUUCAUAUGUAACAUCAUUAGCAUUAAUGUAUUUCAUCUAUUUAUAAUACAUUAUAACUUAUCAUUAAUGCAUUGCAACUUCAGUCAGUAUUGAAAGUUUUUUUUAGAUUGUACAAAAUAAAAAUGUAUUGAAGGAGUAAAAUGUGAAGAGAUAAUUCAUGAUGUCAUUCAUAUUGAGUGAUAACAUAAAUAAUAUAUAAGUAUACUGUCCACAGAAGAAAACCAAAUUUAUUUGCAGAAAACUUUCAUCAAAUUUGUUGUACAAUUUUAUCAAUCAACAUUGUAGAAUGCAGUUAUUUAGUAUCUUCUUUUAAGUGUGUACCACAAAUUUAAUGCAUAAAAACAGCAUUUCAGAAGUCAUCAAGUUAUUUAUUGUCUUGACACUACAAGCAUAUACUUCUCAUGUUGAUAUUACUGAAUGAGUAGAUGUACAUACAAGACAGAAUUAAACACUCAAACAAUAACAUCUGCAGUUGAACAAAUAUGCAUCUACCAACCCCCCUUGCCUUCCUUUCCUCGUGGGCAGCAGCAUAAUACAUUGCGUGCAUGCAAGCACACAUACGCACGCGCACAUACACACGUGCACAUAUACACACACACACACACACUCUGCCACUCAAAGUCAAUGCGAGAAAAGAUUCAUCCAGAACCCACAUGCCUCCAUCAUGCUGUCCAAGACAUUGGCUAAAUUCCAUUGAUUAUCACACAUAAAGCAGGGCAUAAAGUACAGAGUCGGUAAUUAAAUUUGUACCCAAUAGAUUCCUUGGAAAAUCUACACAGAGUUGCCUGGGCAACAGCUUUGUAUAUACACUUGGCCAUUGACCUGAAAAAAAAAAGGAAAAAAAAGUUUCUAUGCAUCCCACAUCCCUCUUAUUACCUCCCUAAUCAUCUAGCUAAGACAUCAUUUUUUCAUUGGUCAGUAGAUUUUGAGGCUGGUUUCAAAAUGUAAGAACUUGAAUAGUCCCUUGGUCACAUAUGCAAAUUGUACACUAUAGCAAACUUCGAGCAUCAAAUUUGGAAUAUCUUGUUAGUAGGUCAGGUUCAUAUAUGCUGUUUCUGGCAAAAGGUAUCAUGCAUAAAUCAUUCUCUGAAACACACGUGCAUCCAUCAGUUGUGUACAGUCAGGCUAAAAUGUGGGUUAUUUCAUAGAUUACCAGAUAAAUAAAUUCAGAAACUGUUAGAGCAUUAGAGUUCUAAACAAUUUGAUCCUAGUUUAGUUCCUCUAUAUACAAUGUUAAAUUAAUUAAGAGUUCUUGUCUUAAAAAGUAUAUGGGUGAUACAGCCACAUCAAACAGCUUGGUUGACUAGGCCACCAAAUAGGAGGCCUGGUUUGAGACCGGGUCAUGGGAACAUUGAUCCUCGGAAUCACUGACAAGUAGACUACUGUAUAGGUAAUGUGGGUUUUUAAGAAUCUUUUUAUCAUGUGCAAUAUUAAUAUCUGUGCACAUAUGAUGCAAGGCUUCUGCUCAGAAAACUGAGGUUAAAUUUUCCAUGUGAAGAAAAUCAAAAGUCCAAGUAGUGAGAGUUUUUAAAAAUUGUUCACUAAAGCAAAUAAAGCUGCAUGUAGAUUGAUAGUAAUAUAAAUUUUAUUUAUCCAGUAAGAUAUUGCUGGCUUAUAAAACUGAGAAAUGCCUGUACAUACCUAUAAUAACUGUACUGUAUUUCAGUGAUGUACAAUUAAUUGUUUCAAUAUUUCUUCUGAAAACCUUUUUUUUUCUAUUAUGUACUACAGCAUGCUAAAGAAUUUAUUCCAUAUGUUAUAACUAAUAUUUUCAUGUUCCACAAUGAAAUAGUGUUUCGUAAUCAAAAUCACAUUAAAAACUUAAUUGUCACCUCAGCAGCCAUUGAAUUUAAAUGCCUUUGUUUUAAUUGGUUCAGAAAUUCAAGCUAUAAAAGCAGCAAUUAUAAGUUGGACUGGCAGUUUCAUGAAAUCAGCAUAUAAUGAAUACAAAUUAAUCUGACCCGGUUUAGUGAGCUGCAACAUUUACCAUAGGUCAUGUACACUAAAUGAGAUCCAUAUUAUGAACAAAGAGUUGAAUGUGAACAGAACUGCAAGGAUAUUGUGACACACACAUUAUGGUUGGUUUAUUAGAAUGAAAAUAAGAUAUGCAGAUGUCUUUGGAUUGUGUAUAUUUGAGCUUUUGAAUUAAAUAUAAUAAAACAGUGACUUGUUAAAUUAUUCAGGUUGGGCUGUGUUUUCAAUCUAAGCAUUUCUCAAGAUAAUAUUUGUAUUUGUCAAGGAGAAUGCUAUAUAGCUGUACUGACAUAGCACUUUCUUUUGAUAAUUACUUAUCAAAUAGAAACUGCAUUUUAAAUUAAGCCAAUUCUGAAGUAGAUUGUAAGUGUGAAACAUACAGAAUUAUAUGUAAAUUUUAUUGAUUUAAAAUAUAAUAAUCUGAAAAUUAAUACUGUAUUUGACUUAAGGCGACAAGAAUGUAUAGAUUACUUAUUGUAAUGAUAUUACUGUAUUUUUAUGUACAGUGGAUGAUUAACUGAAAAGUAAAUGGGGAAAAAUAAUAUUGAAAUUUUAAGUUAAUGUAAAUGAAACAUUAGAUAAUGUCAAUCAAUGUGAAAUCAAGAUAUAAGGAUCUUGUGAGAGAAAUGGUCUUUUGAUUACCAUUCACUGUUUUAAUACUCCGUACUUUAAAUUUUUAAGAGUUUGUAGGACCAAAAGAGGUUUAUUAUGAUCAAUGAAUAUUGCACCAGUUUCAUGGUUCAAUUUUUACCUUAAGUUUAUGCAGAGCUCAGAAAUUUGACAUGUGAGGAAUCUCGAGUAUACAUUUGUAUACAUACAUGGUUUAUCUGAAAGCAAAUAAUAUCAAUGAAAUGAAGAAUUAAAACCAUGAUAGUAUUAGUGAGAUGGAAAAAUUCCUUUUGUGGCUUUAAAUAGGUGGAUGGUACUGAAAGUCUGUUGAGUGAGCAGUUGACUAGUAAAAAUGGAGCACGUGGAUUAUACAUUACGUGUGCCCUGAUUAAUGCUGUAUUUUACUAUAUAGUAUUGUGUACUUUCAUAAAUGUAUACAUGGUCUAAAAUAGCUUUUUGCUAUCAUUAAUAAUAUUAGACUAUGUGAGGUAUUAUUGUGUUAACAGUGUUGCACUGUCAAGCUGGAAUGGUAUGUACUAUCUACAAUAAAA